AUGUACUGGGAGCUGCUCGAUCUUGAUCUAUGCAUUGGUCACAGGUUAUCAAUCCAAGAUCUUUGCGAUAGAACUCCAUCUCAUUUCUUUCCUUGUUUUGGAGCAAUUCCCAUAACACCUUUUGCGAGUGAGCUGUGGUGUAGGCGGGCUGAUCUGAUCUCGUUCUUGUAUGCAAAACAUGGUGAAGCAUACGAUGAGAAUGUGGGUACAGCAGAAUCCAUGAUUGCCCUACCAAGAGAAAAGAUUGUAUAUUUACUAAUGGCAAUGGUGGCAUUAUAUCUUAUUGCUGGUACGGCAGCUGAACUGGUCUGCAAUUUUAUCGGAUUCGCCUACCCGGCUUAUGCCAGUGUAAAAGUAAGAGUGCAGUAAGA